UCGCGGCGAGAACGCGAGAGUGAGGGAGACGGAAAAGAAGGAAAGAAGGAAAGAAAUGUUCAAUAUUGCGGCAACGAGCCCGAUCGAAGGAUUUCCGCAAUUAGUAUGAAUCGAGUCGCACUUGGAUCGCCAUCGAGAUUUACGCUCCACGAAAUACAAUAAACGGGCAAGUUUUCGAGCUGUGAGAUUUGAAAGCGUGAAGUGGGGUGUUGCCGUACGCAGUGCGGCUAUAAUUUAAGAAGAAUUCGCGUAAUUUCGGACCAAGGAGGAAACUCGGGACUGUUUGAUAUCUCGAAAUUAUGGAGGAAACGGAAGGAAGAAAAGAGAAGUCGUUUCCGAUGGCAAAAGUGGUGGAUGCCGCGCGAGUUUUAGGCUUUCCGGAUAAUUCAACAAAUUUGGAAGAUUCCGACGAGUCGAGGCGAAGCACACGCGGCACGUGCCUCGCCAUACUCGACCUCGUUAAUCAUGCGCUUAUCGUUGGUCUAACGGGGUACACCCUCUAUCAUUCGUGGGGUUCCAACGUGGUCAAUUUACACACCAUCUUUUGCACGAUUGGGUACGUCCUGCUGAUGUCGGAGGCCAUUCUCGUGUUUGCCGGUGACAGUGUUUUGACCAACUUUCUUUCAAGGGGUGCCAAACGCCACCUUCACUGGAUCCUACAAAUUCUCGGCCUGAUCCUCAUCGUUUCCGGCGUGGUGGUCAUGUAUCGAGUGAAACCGGUGCAUUUCAAGUCCAUUCACGGGAUUCUGGGCAUCACUUCCACCGUUCUGGCCGUCUUCUUGUCCGUGACCGGCUAUCCCGUUUUUAUAGCGGCCAAACUUCGAAAUGUGAUAAAACCUGUCGCGAUUAAAUUCGGCCACAACUUCUUGGGCAUAUCAUGCUUCGCGAUCGGGAUGGCAGCUCAGUGUUACGGUUACACUUACAUCUUCAAGUCGGAUCUUAAAUUCCUCUUUAUAAUAAUCGUGGUUGCGAUCAUCGCUCUCUCCGUGAGAAGAGCAAUUCCGUCUCUCUUCCGACAAUUUCUAGGGUUAUUCGGAUAAAUUAUUUCUCUUUCUCUCUUUCUCUCUAUCUAUCUAUCUAUCUAUUUAUCUCUCUAUCUAUCUAUCUAUCUAUUUAUCUCUCUCUCUCUCUCUCUCUAGAAUACGAGGAAACGUACGAUCCAGACGAGGGAGAGGUUCGAUCGAGGAAUAAAAAUGAGACGAGAAUUUCUCCUUUUGUACCUUUCAUCGAGCGAAAUCGGUCGAAACGUAAAUUACGUAAUAUCAUAAUUCGAUCCUUAAAACGAUACUGUGCAAAACAUUGUUGCACUCGCGGCAAUGUCGCACAGGGGAAUCCGAUCAACGCCCAUUGGAAAAUACAUAUUCCAUUAACGAAUGACACGAUACGAACGCGUGAUCAAAGUUCAAUUAUAUAAAGUCAUUACGCCUCUAUGUUUCGACCAACGCGUUUAUUGCUUAUCCAUCUCGUCGUGUGCGUCCACGUUUACACGGCGAUUAUUAUAUACGCGUUUCCGUUUCCACGAACAAGAAGGGUGACAUCGAAUUAUGUAUCGAAGUAUCGUUCUUUUUUUCUUUCCGCAUCGGAUCGGGGAGUAGAUUAUUCAUCGGACCGCGUGCUCACGAUUGUUAUCUGUCAAUUGACGAUAAACGAAAUCCGAUCGGUGAAGCUCGAUUAACGGGCAGGUCGAAAAGGUCGGGGAAAAGGUUGGAAAAUUAGCGUAACGUUGUUUGAAAAAAAAAACGCUCUUUUCAUACGGCGUUACUAUUAACCCGUUCGUUGGCACGUAUAACAAAUUGGAAGAAAGCAUCGUUCCAGAAAUUUUCAGCGUUUCGAGAAGCGUUCGAUCGUUCGAUAUAUGUAUACACGUAUAUCUAUACGUAUACGUGUAUUUAUACGUUGGUAUUAGACGAUCACGAGAAAUGUCUAACGAAUAUUUAUUCGCGAGUGGCUGUCUGUUUACCAUAUUGAAAGGUGUAGACGAUGCUUUCUCGAGGACGCAAUACGCUUCGUCGGUGUAUACGAUGAUGCAAACACGCAUAUUCGAUGCAUAUUCGUAUGCACGCAAAUACGAACGACGUUUGCGCAUAGAGUCAAACGUGAGCGCAUUAAUUAAGAGAUGAUACGCGACCCUUCUUCGUUAUUCUUGAUGAGUGAUCUAAUUUUUUUUCACGAGGAGAAAAAAAAUGGGAGAGGAAGGAGGAGAAGAAAAGAAAGGAAGAAAGAGUUUUGAUAAAACACGAUCGAGAGAACGCUAAUUUAAAUGAAGAGAAACGUUUGUUCCCCUCGUCGAAUCGACUUAAUCUUUAUAUAGUACGAAUAUAUCGAAAGCACUUAUGAAUUUUUUUUUUUUUUUCUUUUUAAAUCAUCACUUCGACGAUACUUUUUCGUCGAAUCAUACACGUUUUUAUACACGUUUUUCCACGUGAGUUUCGAAGAAUCGAAUAUCCUGUUCAAAUACGCGUUAGAAAACAUUUGUAUUCCCAACGUGAAAUAUUCGAACGCUUUAUUCCAAGUAAUUUUCAUUAAUUGCUGUUUCCAGAAAAAAUUCGUAUUAUUUUCUCAAUUUUUCGCGACGCGGAAUCGGGCAUGUUUCGAUAGUAAUUAAUUGAUCACAGAGAUGGAUAUAAAUUAUUAUUAUUCUGAUUAUCAAAUUUACGAAAAAGAGAGACAGAGAGAGAGAGAGAGGGAGAGGGAGAGAGGGAGGAGGGAGAGGGAGAAGUAAACAAUUAAAUAAACAAAUAAAAGAGAAAAAAAAGAUGAAAUAAAUAAAAAAAGUAUAUGGACUUA